AUGGAGUCAGCCCUGAAUUGUUCUGAAUUGUUGGCUGAGAGCCAUGUGGCCUCCACGUUGGACAGAGAGGAGGCUCUGUGGGUUCUCCAGGAAGUGUGCAGGGCAUUUAAACCACUAGAAAGAGUGCCCAUUUCCACGGCUGCCUUGGGGGUGUCUGGGUCACUUCUCACCUGUGGCCUUCUUCUCUCAAUCUUCUUCUUCAUCUUCACCCUACGCUUCCGAGGAAACAGGAUUGUGAAGAUGUCUAGUCCCAAUCUGAACCUGGUCAUUUUAGUGGGCAGCGCACUCAGUUACAUCAGCGCCUUCCUAUUUGUGGUCCAAGAGCCUGCUGUUUCCAUGGAAACUAUCGUCCAGGUGAGAAUCAGCCUCCUGUAUGUGGGGCUCACUCUAAUCUUUGGGCCACUGCUGGGGAAGAGUUGGAGACUCCACAGAGUGUUUUCACACCGCGUCCCGGAUAAGAGAGUGAUUAUAAAAGACCUGACAUUACUGGCCCUCGUUGGCCUGCUCCUGUUUGUCGAUUCUGUGCUGCUCCUAAUCUGGGUCCUGUCUGACCCCGUGCUUUGUGUCCGGACAGCUUCUGCCACUAUCAGGUCUGCAGAUCGAGGGACAUCCUGUGCCGUCACCAGGAUAAACAUCUGCGCCUCGGUCUACACUGAUCUCUGGAUUGGCAUUCUUGGGGGUUUUAAGGGAGCCCUUGUUAUUUAUGGCAGUUACCUGGCUGGCCUGACAAACAAUAUCAGCAGUCCACCCGUCAAUCAGUCGCUGGCCAUCAUGGUUGGCACUGCCCUUGUGGUGCUGGGUACAGGGAUCGUCUUCCUGAUCAGUCAUUACUUUCAUACAUGGCCGAACCUGGUCUAUGGCGUUACAUCUGGGAGCAUCCUCGUCUGUACCACCACCAUCACCUGCUUGAUCUUCAUCCCACAGAUACUGCAGUGGAGACAAUUUGAGGAGGAACAAAGUCAGAGCACGGUACAGAUGGCCAAAUAUUUUAACAGCCCGAGCCGGAGCUUCAGAUCCAUGUACAGCGAGGAACAGAUCUACCAGCUGCUUGGGGAGAACACAUCAAUGAGAAGACUUCUUAGUGAGAAAAACGCAGUAAUUGAGAGUCUUCAGGAGCAGGUGAGCAGUGCCAAGGAAAAGUUGGUAAAAUUACUGAAUUCGGAAGUAAGUUUUGAGACUAUGGAAGCGGGCAUUGUAUCUGCUCCCCCUGCUUCAACAUUGACCCACCAACACAUUGAUAUUUCCACAUCUGAACCAACCAACAAUACAACAACUACUAUUGGAAAAGGAGAACACCAGAGUCAUGAGGCGGAAAUUGAGAAAUCCACAGAUGUUUCUACUGAAAAACACACUGAUGUCUCCCUUGACCCAAUGAAGGUCAAACACGAAUUAGAGUGUAAUGAUCCUGUCCCUUCUGGUUGCUCCUCCACACCUCAUGGAUUACCAAGCAACUCUAAAGACAUUAACAUUAUAAACAAAAUGUCACAUCAGUGCCACAGCCCAGAGAGACAAGGACAGAGUACUCAUGAAGAUUGGGAACACUUAUCAAGACACAUUAACUAUGUUAGCAGUGACAAACUCCAAGAGAUUCUGAAGGAACUCAGUAUAGAAACUCUGCCAAUCUUUGCGUGUCAAUCUCCAAAAAGACAAAGAAGGGCCAGUCACAGUAUCCACAUGGAUACUCCAGCACAUUCUUCUGGGAGGCUUCAGAAAGGAAGUGUGAGUUUGUCCCCUUCCCUGGUGCGUAGUAGGCGAGGUAAUGGAUACAUCCCACAAAACCGGCAUCCUUCCUUUCACUUUACCAGCUCAGUGCCUCCAUCUGCUGGGUACCUCCUGGACAAAUGCAGCAAGAACAGGUUUAAUGGGGUCCGAAGAAUUAGAGAUGAGAGGCAGGUCAUGGUGGGUCAUAGUAAGGCAGAAGAUCAUACAAGUUACCCUGCCUAUAUUAACACGCUUUCUAAAACUCAGACCACAGAGUUGGGUGACCAGGUGGAAGAUGAGCAGAAGACCAAAGACAACAAAGGUGUACUAACCACAAAGUCUUUGAGGCCUGUCCCAGACUGUUCAAGCAGAUCUGUUCCUGUUAGAAGGAGCAGCCCCUUAGGACAGGAGGCAUAUGGUUUGGGGACUUUUGCUGAGAUACAAUCACAAACUUAUUUUACAGAGACAGACUCAAGCAGUUCGGAGGAAACCUUCUGCUAUUGUCACAGACCCUACUGUGAACUGUGUUUUCCAACUACAUACGACUCGAGCGACAGCUGUAACUCUGAGACAGAGACUACAGAGCAGCUGUUUGGAUGGUCUCAGCAACCGGUCGUAAACUUCAAAGAGGACCUAAAGCCAACAUUGGUGUAGCCUAAUGGCACCUUAAAUUAGCCAUCUUGGUGCACAAAGGUCUUGUAACCAAUGUGGAUGCAUUAACAUACCAACCUCCGGGUGAACAUAAUAAA